UUUGUAUUCAUACAUACAUUUAUUUUUCAUUCAAUUUAUCCAUAUUUAUUUAUUUAGAAAUGUCCGGAAAACGACUUCCGUUGUGUCCUUGACCACAACAUGUGUCAGAGUGAGAUGUCACUCCUUUAUUCUUCUCUUGGGCAUGAGUUGUGCGCAUGUGCAGAGUCAACAUCCACUCCCGUGACACCGGAAAGUGAGUGAGUCAUCUUCGUGCAGAGAGGAUCUUUGAGCUUCACCAUCUCUGAGCGGUCGGUGCUUGAAGCGGCUCCCGGAGCCUACACACGUUUUACCGGCAGCUUCUUCCGGACCCAGGAGGCGGUCCGGGUCCGGUUCUGGGUGACCCGGGUCCCCCCGCCCGCUCAGCCGCACACGUGACCGCGGUGAUGCCGACAGCCCGCGGACACCAAGGCGACAAGAAACCGUGAAGCAUCAUGGGAGAUGGACGAGCCAGCUGAGGGCCAAUCAGAGGCUGACACACACACACACACACACACACACGCACACACACACACACACACACACACCAUGGAGCAAGGCUUCAGCUUCCAUACGUGGAGGGCGCUGGCGGCGGAGCCGGCCUACACCGACGUGUCCCUGCCGGCGGCGCAGCGCGUGCGUGCGUUAGCUAAGAUGGGCCGCGGCGUGGAGGUCAGCCAGGAGGUGGCGCCGCGCCGCUACCUGCGCUGCGGCGUGGAGAUGGAGCGCCGGGCGGAGGCGUACCUGGAGGAGGGCCGGCUGGAGAACGCCUACGUGCUCUACACCAAGUUCAUCACUCUGUUCGUAGAGAAGCUGCCGGCCCACAAGGACUACCGGCUCUGCAGCCUCCAGGAGAAGAGGACCAUCAUGCAGGUCUGGACCCCUAGACCCCUAGACCUGGACCCCUAGACCUGGACCCCUAGACCUGGACCCCUAGA